UUCCCUUUUCGUUGCGACUUCGUUCCUCUGAACGCAGUCCCGACUCUGUUUUCUUCUCAACCCCACAGAAAGCAAGCCGGCGAGAACGAGAGGGAGAGAGAGAUGCGAUGAUGAUGAACGCGUACGUGAAGGUGAUGACUGACGAGCAAAUGGAGACCCUCCGUAAGCAAAUCGCUGCUUACACCGCCAUCUCCGAACAACUCCUCCAAUUCCACAAAUCCCUGGAUGCUUGUCCAAAUCUCUCUGGAGCCGCAUUGGGAAACCUAUAUUAUGACCCCUUGGUGACAUCUGUUGGCCACAGAAUUACUGGCAGACAGCGUUGGACCCCGACGCCUGUGCAGCUUCAAAUUCUCGAACGUAUAUUUGACCAAGGGAAUGGCACACCAAGCAAGGAGAAGAUUCAAGAAAUAACCUCCGACUUGUCUCAACACGGCCAGAUUUCUGAGACAAAUGUCUAUAAUUGGUUUCAGAACCGGCGCGCUAGAUCAAAAAGGAAGCAGCAGCAGCAGGAGGCAGCAGCAGUAGCAAGCAAUGCUGAAUCUGAAGUGGAGACACAGGUUGAAUCAUCCAAUGAGAACAAAAAUAAGCCAGAAGCUUUGCCUGCUGCUGAACCCAACCAAAUUGCAACAAGGCCUCCUGACUUGUGCUCCCAAAAUGCUGAAUUAAGCUCUGGAAACUAUUCUGUGGGUUCAAAGCCUGCUACGAGUUUGGGACAAAUGUUUUUCUACGAUGGCAUGUUAUCAAGUCCAAUGGAUGCGUAUUAUAGUUGGAACACUUAAAAGAAAUUUGUUUGUAUUCGGAUUAAAAUUGGUUUUCCUCCUGUGAAGCAUCAAGCAUUUGGUAAGUUUUGGAAUAAUCUUUAACUGCUUGUUCAGUUCUAAUUCUUCAUUUUUACUGUCAAGCUCGGUCUUUGCUGCUAAUAUGGUCUACUUCUCUACUGCUUGUUGAAGGAACGCUGACCGCUAUCAAAGCUCUACCCUCUAGUUUUAUACUACUUUUGACUUCUUCAGUUGAAUCUUGAACUCUCUCUAUCUCUAGUAAGGCCUUGUUGUGUUGAGGAAUGAUAUUGGUUGGGUUACGUAAAUAAUUCUUACGUAUGUAUCCGGAGUUAACAAAUACCAUUUGCAACCAUAAUAUUUGAAUGAGCUGCUGUCAAUCAGAACCUGAUGGGACUGACCUUUUCUAACAAAAA